CUCCGCCUCUCCCUCCUGCUCCAGAAGCAGUCGGACUGCAGAUGGGGAACUGGUGCCACAGCCUCUUCUACCUUUUUUGGGAGAAAAAACCAGGUGUGAGGGGCCCACGUGGACAAUGCCACGCUCCUUCCUGGUGAAGAGCAAGAAGGCUCACACAUACCACCAGCCCCGAGGCCAGGACGAUGAACCAGUCUGGCCCCCUGCCCUGAGCCUGGCGACCAGGGACCAGGUCCCAAGCAACGACCCCGUCCUCAGCACCCUGUUACCGAACCCCUGCCUGGACUGGACUGACCUCAAACGGGAGCCAGAGCUGGGGCUGGACCAGAGUUUAACCAGGAUGGUCUCGGCACCAGAAGGCCCUGCUGUGAUGCCCCAGCCCCAGGAUGGGGACCCGCCCCCCUCCGACUCACCCCCGUUCUACAAGCCCAGUUUCUCCUGGGAUGCCCUGGCCUCGUCCUACAGCCACAGCUACCGGCAGGCCCCCUCCACCAUGCAGUCGGCCUUCCUGGAGCGCUCCGUCAGCCUGUACGGCAGCCCCCUGGUGCCCAGCGCCGAGCCGCCCUUGGACUUCAGCCUCCGCUACUCCCCGGGCCUGGACACGUACCACUGCAUCAAGUGCAACAAGGUCUUUUCCACCCCACACGGGCUCGAGGUGCAUGUCCGACGCUCCCACAGCGGGAGCCGGCCCUUCGCCUGUGAGGUCUGCGGCAAGACCUUCGGCCACGCGGUGAGCCUGGAGCAGCACACUCACGUCCACUCCCAGGGGAUUCCGGCCAGGUCCAGUCCUGCGCCCAGCCUGGCAGCCCUGGGGUGCGAGGCCCCGCCCCCGCCUGACCCCCCGGGGCCUCGUUUCCUCCGGCAGGAGCGCAGCUUCGAGUGCCGCAUGUGCGGCAAGGCCUUCAAGCGCUCGUCCACCCUGUCCACCCACCUGCUGAUCCACUCGGACACGCGGCCCUACCCCUGCCAGUUCUGCGGCAAGCGCUUCCACCAGAAGUCGGACAUGAAGAAGCACACCUACAUCCACACAGGCGAGAAGCCACACAAGUGCCAGGUGUGUGGGAAGGCCUUCAGCCAGAGCUCCAACCUCAUCACCCACAGCCGCAAGCACACGGGCUUCAAGCCCUUCAGCUGCGAGCUCUGCACCAAGGGCUUCCAACGUAAGGUGGACCUUCGGCGGCACCGCGAGAGUCAGCACAACCUCAAGUGAGGCGGCGCCCACGCCCGGCCCUGGCCCACCCCUCCUGAGGUCCCGUGGCCAGGAGGGAGGCCAGCCUCACGCACCCAGAUGCCCAGUCUCCUGGAGGCAGCACUUGAAGGGAGUCUUCCAGCUUGUUUUGAGACUCACAAAAUGGCUGUGUGACUUUGGACAAAUUGCUUUCCCUCUCUGGAACAAUAAUUCUCCUGCUGUGCAGUGUGGGAGCUGAGCUGAAGGUGUAAAAACUUAGGUGCCUUCCACAGGGCAAAGCCAGGGAGGCCAGAGUAGCCCCACCUGGGCAGGGAUGCCCUGAACAGACCAGAGGUGGGACCCACAGAGAAGCUGGAACCCCCCCGGUGCCUUCUGCCCACCAUACUGGCAUCUGGACCCUGGUUUUAGGGGGCCUAUUUUGGGCUGCCGGAUGGUCAGAUCAGAGCCACCUCCUGCCCCAGGGUGGGUGCUGAGCACCCCUCUGCUUCAGCCAAACCUGCUGGCUGCCCCCCAUUUCUGGCCGGCACACGGCUGGCCCCAGUGUGGGGGUCCAGUUUCACCAUCAGACCUCAGGGCCGCAGAAGCCGGCAGUUGCUGCUGUCAAAUGUCUGCUCCCCUCGACUGCUGUAGAUGGAAAUAAAGACACAGACUUAUUUA